ACAACAUCCAAGCAGUGCUCGAGGGCAGUUUCACACUGGCAGUGCACUUGAAGGAAUGCGGUAAACUUGUCUCAUGACUUGACAUUCGUUAAAGAAGGGUCUUCCAAAUCUAGAGGUUGACUGGACACCUGAUUCCCUCAAAGUACCGUGAUUGGCUCCUGAAAGAUGUCUUCUAUAGAUCCCUAUCAGUACAUUGUGGUGGAACACCAGUAUUCCCAUAAGUUCAAAGUGACUGUGGUACGAGCUGAGAAGGUGACCAAGGGUUCUACCCUGGGAGACUUUUUGGACACUCCAGACCCCUACGUGGAGUUGUUCAUCCCAACCACUCCAGACUCAAGAAAAAGGACGCGGCACAUUGACAAUGACAUCAACCCCAUAUGGAACGAGACCUUUGAGUUCAUACUGGACCCCAAUCAGGAAAACACUCUAGAGUUGACAUUGAUGGAUGCGAACUAUGUCAUGGAUGAGACCCUGGGAACGGCCUCGUACUCCAUUGCUAAACUCAAAGUGGGACAACCAGAAGUGGUUCCAUUCCCCAUUGGCAAGUUAACCAAGGUGUACUUGGAGAUGUCGUUAGAGGUGUGUUCAUCCACAGACCUGCGGUUCAGCAUGGCCCUGUGUGACCAGGAGAAGCUGUUCAGACAGACACGCAGAGACCGGGUGAUGCUGGGCAUCAAGAAACUACUCAACAUGGAGAAAGGACAACACCUCCCCACCUCAUUAAGAGAGGUCCCUACAAUCGCCAUCGUGGGGUCAGGGGGAGGGUUCAGAGCCAUGGUGUGUUUCUCUGGAGUGAUGAAGGCUCUGUAUGAGUCUGGAGUUCUGGACUGCGCUACCUACGUGGCUGGACUUUCUGGAUCUACCUGGUACAUGUCUACGCUGUACUCCCACCCUGAGUUCCCUAAGGGUAAGGGUCCAGGGGAGAUCAACCAGGAGCUGAUGAGGUGUGUGAGCAGUAACCCACUAAGGCUGCUGCUGCCCCAGAACAUCAAGCGCUACAUCAAGGCCCUGUGGAGAAAGAAGGCUGCCGGGCAGCCCGUCACCUUCACCGACAUCUUCGGCAUGCUCAUCGGGGAGACGCUCAUGCCCGGGAGGAUGGACUUCAAGCUGAGCCACAUGCAGAAGACUGUGAGCGAGGGUCAGAGCCCAAUGCCUCUCUUCACCUGUCUGCACGUCAAGCCAGACGUCUCAGAACUCAUGUUCGCUGACUGGGUGGAGUUUACCCCGUACGAGAUUGGCAUGGCCAAGUAUGGUACCUUCAUGUCCCCGGGCCUGUUUGGCAGUAAGUUCUUCAUGGGCAGCGUGGUGAGACAGUACGAGGAGAACCCCCUGCAUUUCCUCAUGGGGGUGUGGGGCAGUGCUUUCUCCAUCCUCUUCAACCGGGUCAUGGGGGUCAAAGGGACCACUGGAGGUAGCACCAUGGAAGAGGAGCUUGAGCAAAUAAAGCCUCAGCACAUUGUGGGUGAGGAGACGCAGGAAAAUGAGGACGAGCCAAGAAAAGCGGGUGGAACAGAAAACCAGGAGGCAGAGGAAGAGCUCCAGCGUAAUGCCCAGGCCAGCUGGACCAGCAGGAUGUUCACCUCCCUGGUGGGGGAGUCCACCCUCUUCAACACCCGUGAGGGCAGAGCCGGAAAGGUGCACAACUUCAUGCUGGGGCUCAACCUCAACUCCUCCAUGCCUUUCUCCCCCUUCAACAACAGAUCAUACACACACCACAACUUGGAGGAGGAACAGGACGCCGUCACAGACCCAGAUGAGUUUGACCGCAUCUACGAGCCGCUGGACGUGAAGAGUAAGAAGAUCCACAUAGUGGACAGUGGUCUGACCUAUAACCUCCCGUACCCACUCAUCCUGCGGCCGCAGCGUGGCGUCGACCUCAUCAUCUCCUUCGACUUCUCAGCCCGCCCCAGUGACUCCAGCCCUCCCUUUAAGGAGCUCCUGCUAGCUGAGAAAUGGGCUCGCAUGAACAAGCUUCCCUUCCCAAAGAUCGACCCCAAAGUGUUUGACCGUGAGGGCCUCAAGGAGUGUUAUGUCUUCAAACCCCGCAAGGAAGACAAGUGCUGCCCCACCGUCAUCCAUUUUGUACUGGCCAACAUCAACUUCAGGGAAUUCAAAGCUCCCGGAGUCCCUCGAGAGACGGAUAAAGAGAAGGAGUUUGGUGACUUUGAUGUCUUCGACGACCCCGAGAGUCCGUACUCCACGUUCAACUUCCAGUACUCCAACCAGGCCUUCACCCGCCUCCACAACCUCAUGGAGUUCAACACGCUCAACAACAUCGAGGUGAUCAAGGAUGCGAUAAUGGACAGCAUCAGCCAGAGACGGGAGAACCCCUCACGCUGCUCCGUCUCCAUCUCACUCAAUGAGAUUGAAAACAAGAAGUUCUUGAAACGGAACGUUAGCUCAGCUAAGCUUCCCAUAUAACUUCACCAGAGACACCUUUCUAUAUCCAUGACAAGUUUUUUGAUAGAACAAAACGUUACAGCUCUAAGAACAGAUAAGAAUGGUAACCAACCUAUCCUUGUAGCUGCAAGGCUUAUCUCUGUUUGAAUGGGAUAUAAAGCCUCACUUCAAGCUAGCCUGGUCUCAGACCUGUUUGUGAUUUCUUGCCAACUCACGACAAUGGCCAUGGGAGUUUGAAAGACAGUACAAACUGAUCUGAGACCAGGGUGACUUAAAGCAACUAUGCAGCCUCUUCUUUUGAGCUCUGUAUGACUAUUGUUUGGGAGAGGAUGCAGCACACCUUUUUCUGUAUAUUCCUGGCCUAGCAUCUGGGGUGGUGUGGUUAAUCUUUAAACGGGUCGCUCACUCUCUCACACACACAAGGACACACACACUCCGUCCCUUCAUGCAGCAGGCAGAGGAGAGAGGAGAGAUCACACCUGGGAAUGCAUGUUUGUGUGAAGGCCUGCCUAGCGAUGCAAUGUAUCUCUGGCAGGGGUCAGUCGAGGCGUGGCGUUGUCAAGGGAUGAACAUUUACUUCUAAAACGGAUUUUACUGACU